ACGGGGUAGAAAGAACAGCAUAAGAUCAACAGCUAAAGUAAAAAUUUCGGGAAAUUAUUACCACCAAAACGUCAUGUUCUUUACCCAGUUACUUCUCCUCGCAAUAGUGGGUUAUUCCCUCAGCCAGCGGAUCGACACAGAUGACCGGGUAGACUGCGAGUUGUGUGACAAGUCAGCGUGUCCCACCGAUCUCCCCUGCCUGGCCGAGCUCGUGCUGGACCGUUGCUCGUGCUGCCAAGUCUGCGCUAAAGUUCUCGGUGAACGGUGCGGUGGCCCGGAGUCCGUAGACGGGCGGUGUGCAGACGAGUACAUCUGCGCCGGGAAAUCUGUCUAUGACCCCGUGAAGGAAGGAGGCGUCGGGCAAUGCGUCUGCAAGAGUUUCGAUCAAGUUUGCGGGUCAGAUGGAGUGGUUUAUGAGAACGAAUGCGAGAUGAAAAUGGAGAGUUAUGGAAGAGUUCAGAGGGGGUUGUCGGCCAUUGAGGUAGACGAAACAGACGUGUUGUGCUUGACCCCUCCUUUCAUCACAUCUCCACCAAAGGACGCCUUCCUGAAGCUUGACUCUCAGUCGGAGCUGAGUUGCGAGGCUAUCGGAAGACCCGUCCCUGACAUCAUCUGGACUAAGGAUGGGGAAGAGUUGCCAGGCAACCAUAUCAACAUAGCAACGCGCAAGAGAAACGGGCCAACCAAAUUUGGGAUGACGAGUUGGGUGCUGCUCAAUGUGUCUCCAAAUGAUGGAGGAACCUACAUGUGUAAAGCUAUGAAUAGCCAAGGAGAGACCAGUGUCUCGGUCACCAUCUUGGUCCCCACUCCUGAAGAUAUGAACAACAACAGUGCUAAUGAUGUUGCCCUCGAGUUGUAGAAGGUCAGUGCUUUCUGUGACACUUUCUCAGAUUUAUCUUCGGUGUAUAGAAACCAAACCAAAUACAAGAAUGGCUAGGGUAUAGCUUGAUGCUUGCAGACUGCUCAUGGUGCUAGAGUAUCAAGAGAGGGCGCUAUAUAGAUAGCCAUUUAAAUCAAUGAUAGAAUGUUGUUUACUUCUGCAUACUGCAUGACUAUAAGGAGAAGAAACUGGCAUUAAGAAAAGCUUAUAAAAUUUUAAAGAUCGUUUAAAAAUUUGUGUUGAUUUCUCAACCAAAAUUAAUUCCCGAAAACCCUCCUGUAAGCCAAGUUUAGAUAUUUGAACCCCCCCCCCUGCUAUAAUAAUGUGUUUAAAUAGAAUUUAUAAACUAAUUUUUAAUAA